GCCAUGCAGUCCUUUCGCGAAAGGUGUGGUUUCCACGGCAACCAGCCGAACUACCAGCCGACUUCUUCGCAAGAUUCAGCACGCCUGGAGAAUUACAGACAUCACAGCCAAGCGGGCCCGCACUGUGAACGGCAGCGGCUGGUGGCAAAGGAGUACUAUGGCCAGCCGCCGCCGCCGCAGCUGCCAUAUCAAGGGUACGGCGAGAACAGCGCCGUGGAGAAGUUCCACCGGGGGAAUAAGCAGUUACGGGGCCAGCAGCUGCAGGCCAGGCCGGCGUCCUUUCCAAAUUACACCGUCCCGGAGAACAGCCCCUACCCGGCCCGCUAUUCUGGGGAGGAAGGCCUGCAGGCCUGGGGGUCGCAGCAGCAGCCGCCCCCACAACCGUUGCCGGGAGGAGUGGCUAAGUACGAGGAGAACUUGAUGAAAAAGACAGCGGCACCCUCAGGCAGCAGGCAGUACCACGAGCAGGCCCCUCAGCUCCCGUUCCGAACUCACGCCUUACACCUCCCGCAGCAGCCGCCGCCACCGCCACAGCAGCAGUCGACCUUGACUUACCCCAAGAUCCCCCGGCAGAAGCUCCAGAAUGACGUCUCCUCUUCCAUGCCGUUUCCACAGGGCACCCACUUCCCCCAGCAUUCCCAGUCGUUCCCGCCUUCCUCGACGUAUUCGUCCGUCCAAAGCGGGAGCCCGGCCACGCAUUCCUACAAAAGCUGCAACGCUCCUUCUGCACCGCCACCGCCGCACGAAAGGGCUCUCGGGAACACUGCGGCCUUGCCAGCUGGGCAAAGGGUCCAGAGCCUGCACGGCUACCAGGCGAACCGCAUCAGCUAUGACCAGCAGCAACAACAGCAGCAACAGUCCCUGCAAGGGCGGCACCACGCGCAAGAAGCACUUCACUAUCAGAGCCUGGCCAAGUACCAACAUUACAACCAGCCAGGCCAGAGCUACUGCCAAGCGGACGCUCCGGUGCGGACCCCGGACCAGUAUUACCAAACUUUCAGCCCCAAUUCCGGCCACUCCCCGGCCCGUUCGGUCGGUCGGUCCCCGUCGUACAGUUCCACUCCUUCCCCGUUAAUGCCCAACUUGGAGAACUUCCAAUACAGCCAACAGUCUCUGAGCACGGGGGCAUUCCCGGCCAGCCUCGCUGACCACAGCCACUUCAUGCCUUUGUUGAACCCUUCGCCGACAGACGGGGCGAGCCCGGACACUCAACCUGCUGGGAACUGCAAGAAUUUGCAGAAGGAGAAGAUGCCCGAGAACCUCCUGUCGGAUUUGAGCCUCCAAAGCCUGACUGCGCUCACCUCUCAAGUCGAGAACAUUUCCAACACCGUCCAGCAGCUUCUGCUUUCCAAGUCCACGGGGAUGGCCCAGAAAAAAGGUCUCAAAAAUUCACCUCGGACCCCAGAGCAGCUCAAAAGCCAGCACUGCAGCCCCGAAGGGAACAAUUACUCCGCAGAGCAAGCUGGGACUCCUCUCUCAGACCCGCUCAGCACCCCGCAGUCUGUCCACGCCGAAACCCAGGAGGCUGAUUACCUGAGCGGGUCUGAAGACCAACUGGAAAGGGGCUUCCUGUACUGUAAUCAAAGCCGCAGCCCAGCCCGCAUCAACAGCAACUCCAAGACCAAACCCGAGUCGGUUUCCACCUGCUCAGUGACAUCUCCAGACGACAUGUCGACCAAGUCGGACGACUCCUUCCAAAGCAUCCACACCAGCCUGCCUCUGGAGACUUUUACCAAGUUUGUUGCCAGAGAAAGGGACUGCCCCAGACUGCUCCUCAGUGCCCUUUCCCAGGAGGAGCUUGCAUCUGAAAUCAUUGGUUUGCAAGACGCUAUCAACGAGAAAGCAGACAAAGGCUGGGCCAAUUCUCCUGUGCCAAGCAAAGACCCGGACAAAUCCCCCUUCCACUUAGAGAAUCACAGGACCUGCCUGGACUCAGUGGUCAAGAGCCCGUGGUCCAACCAAGGGGACUCGAGUACCCUUGUGGAACCUCUGAAGUUAGACAAAACCUUGGGAGGGAAUAAUCAAAAGAACUUCAGCGAGGAGGUUUACGACAACUCCCAGGUGGCAUUUACAGCAGCAGACACCAAGAGUUCGAUAAAAACAACCAGCUCGGUAGGAUACCCUGCCAAACCCAACAUCUCGACGGUCACCUCCAGCUCGGAGACCACAAGCUUCAGCUGCUACUCAAAUGCCACCGCCAAUUCUGUGGGUUCUGAAAAUGCCAUGGAGAAUUUCGACUGGCCAGACGAGAACCUCAGUGACACAUGGAAAGAGCUUGGCUCCAGCCUUCAAGCAUCGGACCUGCCCAAGAGUUUGUUCUCAGGCAAACUGAGUGAGAGUUGCGACUCAGAGAAAAAAACCGCUUGCUGCCUCAGCCUUUGCGACAGCGAGCAGCCAGCGGAGACCGAGCACGCUGAGACAUUUGGUCAGCAGCAAGCCAACAAGGGCGAGAACUUAACAUAUGACGAGGCCGCCAGAGCAGACGAGCGUUGGCUUGAGGACACAACCAGGCACUCCUGUUCAGGAGGAGACUUCAGCGAACUCCCAAUGAUGUCCUCACCAGACUUGAAAGAAUCCGAUUUGGAACCAGAAGAAUAUUCCUCUCUGUGUGAUCUAGCUGGUUCUGAGCAAAAGUCUAUGACCUAUGAUGCGUUCACUCCCAAGCCUGCUGAGAACGCCCCAGCCCUCUCCCUCCAAGAAACACCUGGUUCUGCAGAAGGGUCAGCAAAUGUGGUUGAGAAGGAGAACACGGCCCCCUCCUCUCAGUUGUCAGAUCAGUCUGUCAUCCUUUUAGGCCCAACGGUUGGGACCGAAACAAAAGUCAAAAGUUGGUUUGAAUCUUCCCUGUCUCACUUGAAGCCAGAGGAGGAGGCAGCGGGAAAUGAAGAACCCCUUCUUGAAAAGACGGAAACUCCAGGAGCCUUGUCAGUGAAUAAACAGACGCCUCCGGAAAAGGUUGUCAGCGUGUCAGAACCAACCUCUAUGGGCAAAAGUCUUCGGACCAAGAAAGUCCCCAGCAGGUUGUCGGGGGGAGAAGAAUCCGAGAAGCCCAUGGCCAGCCCAUGUACAGCGACCCAGGCAGCGGGCAUCAUGGCCAACGCAUGCCCAGGGCCAAACAAUCUGAUUGAAAUGCCGAGUAAGAAUGCCCAUGGCCAGACUACAAGGUUUCCAGCGGAGGGUCUGCCAGCUCGGAUGUGUACUCGCUCAUUCACUGCCUUGACUGAACCCAGGAUGCCCGACCCUCUGGAAGGCUCCAAGGUCUUGGCCCUUCAAGAAAAGCUGGGCAAGAAGCCGGCGUGUGCUAUGAAACCCAGAGCUGCUUUCAAAGCCAGGAAAGCCAACGGGAAGCCUUCUCCGAAGCCGAGUGAGCCAUCUCCUCAGCUACUGCCCUACGUGGCACAAAACGAAGACCCGGCUGGUCAGAAGGCCAAAGAAGGUGAUUCGCAAGAGACCGGAGGGAAAGAUCAACAGUCCAUGAUCCUCCGCUCCCGCACCCGGACUCAAGAGGUGUUUCACACCAAGCGGAGGAGAGAGAAAAGCGCCAUGGACAUGGGGCUGAAGAAUGGGAAGCCAAGCACAAAGCUCCAUCCCAACAACCACCUGCCCGGGCCCUUCAAGAUCAGCCCUCAAAGCCAGCCUCCAAAGGAGAGCAAACUGGGCAAGAGAAUGAAGCUUGCUAAAGCCAGGUCCGGGAUCGGCCCUAAAUUAUCCGAGCGGCCGCUUCACACCUUGAAAAGGAAGUCCGCCUUCAUCCCCCCGGUUCCUGCCAAAAAGAGGAACUUGGUUUUGAGGAGCAGUAGUCAAAGCGGCGUUGGGAAGGACGAAAAGCCAGAAGCUGAUCCUGGCUUGCUGAAGAGGCUGUCCUCCUCAGCCCCCAAAGUGAAAGCGGCUCCCAAGAAUGCCUGCGAAGCGCUGAUGAAGUCCCCUCCGGCGAAAGAAAAUCCCGCCGUCUGCAUAAAAAUCACCUCCCGGGCCGCCUUCCAGGGAGCCAUCAAGACCAAAGUGUUGCCCCCGAGGAAAGGCAGGGGCCUGAAGCUGGAGGCCAUUGUCCAGAAGAUAACCUCUCCCAAUCUGAAGAAGUUUGCCUGCAAAACCGCCGCCGCGGCUGUCUCAGCCGCCAUCGCCGCCGGCUCGCACAGUAAUCCGGCGAGCCCUUCCCUACUGGAGAGGGAGCAGGCCUCAAAGAAUGCAAGCGCAACCUCAGCGGUGGGGGAAGCCAGACCAUUAAACCCGGCCGUGUCACAAAAGGCUCCCGCCGCUCCGGCAGCCGAGCAAUUAUGCAGAAACCCGAACAACAGAUCCUUCAGAGGGAAACUAAUGAACAGUAAGAAACUGUCCUCCAACUGUUUCAAGGGUGAGGCCUAUUCAUCUCCCGAGACGCUGCAGCACAGCGGCGACAGCAUGGCUGCCAGCGGCACCGGCCUGCUGCCCAAGAAAAGGAACCGAAAAGGGAAAGCCACGGCCUUCCGGGCAGCCAAAAAUAGCUUGGACAAGUGCCCUCACCUGAGCCCUGCUCUGCUACUGGUGUCCAGAGAGAAGGCGGUGGCAGCGGCAGCAGGAGGGAAAGCAGAGGAGAGACAAAGAGAGGGAAAGAAACCCAAGGCCGAGGACAAAGGCUUCGGCAACGCUGAGAGCUCAGAGGGGAGAGCCUCCCAGGCCCAGCCCCGCGUGCAGAAGCAGCGUGCCAACCACUCCAACUACAACGGCUACACGAAGAGACAAAGGAAGCGCCUUAGCUGCCGGAAGGCCAAAAGUGUGCCAUCGAGGUGUAAGAGCCGGACCAAGAGGCGGCACCCACAGCAGACGCCGCUGCUGAGCCCCGCCGAGCCGGAGAUCCGGCUGAAGUAUGUGUCAUGCAAGCGGUUGCGGGCUGACAGCCGGGCGCCCCCUUUCUCCCCGUACGUCCAGGUCGAGAAGCGGGGCGAGUUCGUCACCACCUGCACCGUCGUCAACUGCCCGGCCGAAGAGGCUAAGCUCCACAAUGAGCAGCGUUCUUCACCCAGCCAGGGCGGGCUUUUCAGGACUGCCCAUCUGCAGCCCCAGGCGAUCCUACCUCUCUCGUCCACCAUGCACCUUGGCCCAGUGGUCUCCAAGACCCUCAACGCCACCUGCUUGGUCUGCUGCCUGUGCCGGAACCCGGCCAAUUAUAAAGACCAAGGGGACCUCUGCGGGCCGUACUAUCCCGAGGACUGCCUGCCGAAAAAAAAGUCGAGGCUGAAAGAGAAGAUCAAGGUGGAGGGGCUCGGCGAAGAGCCCCCCUCGCCUUCUCUGGCAGAUCGACUGCUCAAAGCGACAGAUAAUAAUUGUGCGACGAGUACGUCGGGUGGAAAGCCGCCAAGGUUGGACAGUGGUGCUGACUCAGCGAAACAGAGCACGCUCCGCUCCAGUUCCAGGGGGAUGUUUAGGAAACUACAAAGCUGCUACUGCUGCGAUGAGAGGACAGAGGGAGAGGAGGCGGCGGCGGCGGCCGAGAAGCCCAGGAGGCACGAGUGCGGCAAAGCCGAAUCGCCGCCUCCGGAGCCGGUCGGAGACACGCAAGAGCACUGGGUUCACGAGGCCUGCGCGAUAUGGACAGCUGGGGUUUACCUGGUGGCAGGGAAGCUCUAUGGACUGCAAGAGGCAAUAAAGAUGGCUGCCGACGCGAGGUGUUCCAGCUGUCAGCAAGUGGGAGCGACUGUCGGCUGUUGCCAUAAGGGUUGUGCCCAAACUUUUCAUUACACAUGUGCCAUCGAUACAGGUUGUUUGUUAACCGAAGAGACCUUCUCUCUGAACUGUCCCAAACAUAAGGAAUGCUUUCCAAAAUCUAGACACGAACACUGA